AUGUUGAAAUUGGUGUCGAUUCUUUUACAUAUUUCUGUGGUUUUGUCUGCACAAUCAAAUGUUCUUCAAUUUGAAAAUUUAGGAUUUGACGGGACUUACUGGUCAGUAGCCUCGAUGAAGGAUUUGUACAGUGAUAAAUGUACUUGUGAAUUAGAUGAUGAUAAAACUUCUUUUUCGGGUACCAAUGCUCCAUUGAAUGAAGAAGUUUCAGUUCAUUUCAGAGGUCCAUUGGUAUUGAAUAAAUUUGCUUAUUAUGUAUCUUCAAGCUUUGCAAUUGAUGGCGAUGAUAACCAAGAUUGGGAAAGAUUAUCAUACUACGAUUCUUCAAGUCAAACGAGUGAAAAUGUUACAUUUUUAACUAAAGCUGGUAAGAAUUCCACUUGUCUUGGUGUGGGAUUAACCUAUGCUGAUACUGAUGGUAUUUCAAAAUCAGAUUCUUCACAAAUUUUAGCUGAAGAUACUUUAAUCAAGUCAGAAGAAGAGUUUGUUAUCUUCUCUAAUAUAUCUUGUGGAAGUUCAAAAGUUGGAGGUGAUUGUCAAGUUUAUAGAGACGAUAUCCCAGCUUACCACGGAUUCUAUGGUACAACCAAAAUGUUCUUAUUUGAAUUUAAGAUGCCUGAAGAAGAUAGUGUUGAGAAAGGAUCUGUUUAUAAUUGGAACAUGCCAGCCAUUUGGUUAUUGAAUGCUCAAAUCCCAAGAACCUCACAAUAUUCUUUGAACAGUAAUUGUUCUUGUUGGGCUUCCGGAUGUGGAGAGUUUGAUAUCUUUGAAGUUAAAAAUUAUACCGAUAGUGAUGUCGAUAAAUUAUUUGCUACAAUCCACGAUUAUCAAGGUACUGGAUAUAUCAAUGAAGGUAUUCAAAUUGACAGUUAUAUCGAAAGAAAUUAUGAUGAAACUAUGAAAGGAGGUGUUGUUUUUGAUAAUGAUGGUAAUGCUAUUGUCUUUGUAUCGAACUCCACUACUUUUGAUCAAUCAAUUGGUGCUGAUGAUAUUAAUUCCGUCAUUAAAGCUUUAGGUUCAGCCAGCACCUUGGAAUUAUCUAGUGUAGAACCAGUCUCAACUUCUACUGCAGGUGGAUCCUCAGCAAGUUCAUCCAAAGAUUCCUCUGGUUCAAUCGCUAAUGUUAGUACCUGGAUGAUUACUUUGUUCACUUUCUUACUUUUCUAA